AUGGCCGACAGCAGCGACGAUGACGGCCCUUUGCCGUAUGCCAACCACAUCAAGUCCGUGCUGGAGCAGGGCGUCAUCAUGGGCAACCUACCCAAGGUGACGACGGACCCCAACCUCCUCGAGGAGCAGGCUCGCAAGGAGAUGGUCCUGCAGAGAGGCUUCGAGUACAUUCGCGGCUCCGCGGGAGAAGCCGCCACCAUGCACGCGAAUCGCCUUGCGUUUCGAUCCUGGAAAAUUAUUCCCCGUAUGAUGCGACCGACGGGAGACCGGGAUCUGAGUGUGAAGCUGUUCGGCAAGAAGUACAGAGCACCCAUACUCAUGGCGCCAUUGGGUGUCCAGGGCACCAUGCAUCCUGACAAGGAAAUCGGCAAUGCCAAGGCCUGCGCAGAGCUAGGAGUGCCCUUCACGCUCAGCACGUCUGCUUCUACGGGCAUCGAGGAGCUCGUUGAAGCCUGUCCCGAAGGCGACAAAUGGUUUCAACUUUACUGGCCCUUGGAUGAGGAAAUUACCGCAUCCAUCUUGACCCGCGCCAAGAAGAAUGGCUACCAGACCUUGGUUGUCACGCUUGACACAUGGGUCAUGGGCUGGAGGCCAAGUGACCUGGACACCGCCAACAUUCCGUUUCUUGUCGGUGUCGGUGACGAGGUCGGCUUUCAGGACCCCGUCUUCCGACGCAAGUUUGCGGAGAGGACCGAUGGAGAGACACCCGAGGAGAGCAGAGUGCUGGCGGGCAUGUACUGGUGCAGCGAAAUCUUCCCCGGCGUCAGCCGUUCGUGGGAAGAGAUCCGUAUCCUGCGCAAGUACUGGGAUGGCCCCAUGGUCGUCAAAGGUGUUCUGAGCGUCGAGGAUGCCAAGCUUGCCGUCCAGUACGGCCUAGACGGUAUCAUUGUCAGCAACCACGGCGGCCGCCAGAUCGACGGCACCAUCUCCAGUCUCGAUGCGCUGCCCGGUAUUGCCCAGGCUGUCGGCAGCAAGAUUACCGUCAUGAUGGACUCGGGUAUCCGCACUGGAGCUGACAUCUUCAAGGCGCUGUGUCUCGGAGCGCAGGCAGUGUUUGUCGGCCGCCCUGUGGUUUACGGACUGGGCAUUGCCGGCAAGGAUGGCGCGUAUGCCGUCAUGGCCAACCUUCUCGCCGAUCUGGACAUUACCAUGGGCCUGUCUGGUGUCAAGAGCAUAUCGGAGCUCAACCCCUCUCGACUAGCAAAGAUCCAGCACCCCGGUGAUGUUAGAUCAAAUCUGUAA